AUGGAAAGCCCGCCAGUUUCCCCCGGUUCGCACGCGUUGAACCACGAUUCAAUGGUCACUGUCGCUCUAUCCGAUAUCCAGUCCAGUUCGGAGCACACACAGCCCGAUUGGCGUAAUCUCGACAUUCCUCCCACGCCAGUGCAGGCAAGCCACAUGGAAAAGGGCGACUCGUUUGGCCCGGAAAUCCAGGAUGGAAGGACAACCCCGACCCCCGAAGACGAUAUGCCGACACCGAACGCCAACGGAGAGAAACAAUUGGAGGAAGGCUUCAACGACGUGAAUUGGGAGAAUCUGGACAAGACGGAGGAGCAAGAACCGCGCGGGGAAGGGUCCGAUGAUUCCACCGCCCUCCUUCUCGCUCGACUCGAACAAGAGAAUAACGCGUUGGCGACGAACCCCAAAUCAGGAAUUACCAAUGUGCCACAUAAGACGCAUCAGCGGCAAUCCCGCUCCGAGUCGCUACACCAGAUCAAGCGACUCAUCAGGGACCCGACGCGGGCUGAGCUGCGAUACUCCCAAUUGCCCCCUCCUCCGAUGACCGAGUUGGAAUUCUGGGCAGCCUUGGUGGCUGAUUACCACCAGACGGCUCAGCGCUUGCCGACAUUGACCUCGAAUAAGAUCCAGGGAGGUGUACCUCCCCCACUGCGAGGAGUGGUGUGGCCGAGUCUAGCGGGGGCGCGCGACCCGAACCUUUUGCAAGAGUUCCAACGACUCCAGGGAGAAAGCAGUCCGUAUGAUGGGCUGAUUGGCAAGGACAUUGGUCGCAGCUUCCCCAAUGUGGAGAUGUUCCGCGAUCCCAAUGGCGAGGGCCAGCAGAUGCUCGCCCGAGUGUUGAGAUGUUUCAGUCUCUAUGAUACCAAGAUUGGCUAUUGCCAAGGGCUUGGAUUUGUGGUUGGUCCUCUGCUCAUGCAUAUGACAGAUGCCGAGGCCUUUUGUGUUUUGGUCCGUCUCAUGGACCACUACAAUCUCCGAACAUGUUACCUUCCCGAUCUCUCUGGUCUUCAUCUUCAUGUCUACCAAUUCCAAAAUCUCCUCGCGCGCCAUCGGCCUGCUCUAUUUGAACACCUAGAGUCACUGCACGUUGAACCGGUCUACGUAUCACAGUGGUUCCUAUCAUUCUUUGCGGUGGCAUGUCCACUCCCGAUGCUUCUCCGAAUCUACGACGUCAUUUUCCUGGAAGGUGCCUGUGAGACUCUUAUGCGCGUUGCACUUUCUUUGAUGCAGCGCAACGAGAAGAGAAUUCUCGCUUGUGCCGAAUUUGAGGAUGUGAUGCAAUUGCUAUUGUCGCGUAGCUUAUGGGACACAUACGCGUUUAACGCAGAUGACUUGGUCAAUGACUUUGUUUCUCUCACUUGUCUUGUGACAAGGGAGAGCCUCCAAGCUCUUGAAGCCAGCUACAACCAGUCCCAGGGCAACCCCACUGGAAUCUCCUUCCCCCAGAUGCAGGCCACAGCUUCUGGAUUCCUUGGAAAGUUGUGGACAGGCUCUUCUAACUCCCAUCAAUCAGUCAAAUCACUCAACCCGAACUCAACUUCUACACGUCCGAACAGUACCAUUCGUCGCUCCACCUCUAAACAAAGCCUCACUUCCACUCUCAACUCGGUUGAAAGUACGUCCGACGCAAGCACUGCGCCCACCGAGCUGUCAACUGCCACAACAGGCUCUGAUGGCAAAUCACGAAUCAAAUCCAACCUGUCAUCACAUCACAAAGACCGCGACCUUCAUACCCAGAUUGAAGACCUGUUAAUAGCACUGAGCGAUCUCCAACGCCAGCAAGCUGAUUUGACACGUGACUUGCAACAGGAGAGAGAGGACCGUGAAGAAGAUCAUGCUCUGGCCAAGGAAAUGCUGAGUCUCAUCCAAGAGAUGCCGGCUGAAACGCCGACCGAAUUGAUUGACAAGGCCAAGGCACGCUUUGACCCGAGCGUGCCAAAGCGUAUCUCAAUUACCCAAACAAAGCUCCAAUUAAACGACGAUGUCGCACGAUGGAAAGAAAUGCAUGAGGUGGAAGCUGGCCGUUGCUUGGACCUGACUCGUCGCAUCGACGAUUUUGAAAAAGAGAAUGCGUCGAUGAAAGAACAACUACGAGAAGCUCGAGGCCGAAUUCAAGACAAUUACCGCGAUCGACAGCGGCUCGAGCGCAUGAACCGGGAAUUACGCACUCUCAAAACCCCUACUUCGACUACAGCGACUCCACCGGAUACCUCUCCCACUGAUUACGGAGAGGCUCACUCCCCCACGAGUGGUCUGCGUGAGCUCAAGCUCACCCGCACCAACUCCACCAAAAGCCCAACAUACAGUAAACGGACUAGUAGCCUGGGUCUUCAGAAGGUGCUGGCAACCGAGAACAACGGACCGGCGGGUGAUGAGACCUUGCUCAUGGAGCUCGUCACUUCCAAGACUGCGGAGGCAGUUGCAAAGCAAGAGCUCGAAGAGGUGAAGAGCAGGCUGGAGUCAUUAAAAAAGAUCAUAACUCCAGCCCAGGCGGCGAAGUUAGAGCAUCGCCAGUCCUUUGUUGGCCUUUCUCCAUCCCGAAUCAGCAUUUCCAAAUCUGCCACUGAACCGGCCAAGCAAGUGAUGACACCCCCUGCCGCCAAUACCGGAGGCGGCGGCUUCUUCAGUGGAUGGGGUCGACGGGCCAACAAUGAAGCCCCGCGCCGUUUUGCAGUUGCUGCGGCGCUUUUGUUGCUUUUGUUUUUUCUUGUUCCGUAUUAUAGAGAGCAGGCUAUUUCUAUUGUGCCGUUACGAAACAAAUUGACUGAACCUAUAAAGCCUCCUAGUGUCCCUUUCCCGAGUGAAUAUGCCAGUCAACGGCCUAUUAAUUCAUCGCGGGUUAUCAAUGACCCCUAUCCAGACUAUGAUAGUCCGCAAUGGAUCUCUGCGUCAAAAGGGGCGUUUCAGCCUUGCAUGGGGCCCCACGGCCGACUUCUCAGUCGCAAAGAUGAAGACACUAUGACGAGUGGUUACCACUGGAAUAUAUCAGAUUUUCCCGCGCCCAUUUUUGGAUCGUACGAAGCUUGGAAUUUGGAUCGGAGCCUUUGCAGCGAUCGCCACUCCCGAUAUGGUCCGUAUGGAUAUACGGAGGGGAAUGCGACAUCGCAAAUGAAUGAUUGGCAGAGUGAAUCAUUUGGUUCGAGUGAAGCAGCCGAGAUCGACUGGGAGCAUGUCGAUUGGGCUCAAUUACAGCAGGCAUGUUUGCAGCGCAAUACGCUUCGAUAUAGUACGACUGAGCCAAACGAGAAGACUGUCUGGGGCCUUUUCAAAUCUUUCGACCCGGAGACGCAACAAACACCACCAGAAUCAUCUCUGAAGCACUUGGAAGAAACCCGAAAAGCUGCUCAGCCCCAACCGGAGUCACGGACUGCGGUUAUCUUGCGCUCGUGGAUUGGCAUGCAGUAUACCGAGAACGACUUGUACAACAUUCGCUCCAUGAUCAUGGAGCUGUCUCUUUACUCGGGGGGAGAGUAUGAGAUUAUUCUUCUGGUAGACUGCCAGGACAAAGCAUUGCCCAAAGAGAGCGAUCAUGCUGCUUGGACUGCAUUCAAAGAGAAACAUUUACCUCGGGAACUUCGAGGCUUAGCAGUCUUCUUUAACAACAAAAUGCUCAAGGACUGGUAUCCUGAGAUUGAUGUCCAUGUAGCAAUACUGCAGUAUUUCCAGCCCACGCAGAUCUUCUCCCAGCUCCACCCUCAGUACGACUAUAUUUGGCAAUUCGAAAUGGAUGCCCGGUAUACUGGCAAUAUGUAUGAUCUCUUACAGCAGGCGACCGAGUUCGCCAAACAGCAGCCACGCAAGUAUCUGUGGGAACGCAAUACCUACUUUUACAUGCCAGCCGUGCACGGCACCUGGGAAGAGUUCAACGAGCAGAUUGACCAGAUCAUGGCCGGCCAUGAGAGCAUCUGGGGUCCCCACCCUGCUCAGGGAAUCGAAAUUGAAGGACAGACCCCUUUGCCCCCUGUUCUCCACCCAGAGGAAGAGCCCGGCAUCUGGGGAGUAGGCGAAGAAGCCGAGCUAAUCACUUGGCUUCCCCAUUUCGAUCCGACAGGGACAGACUGGCCCUUCCGCGAUCGCGUGUUUAAUUUCCCCCAAGAGCAAGAGACGCCUCGUCGCGCGGCUGUUGUUGCUAUGUCUCGGGUGUCUGCGCGACUCCUUCGUGUUUUACACCAUGACAAAGUUCAAUGGGGAGUUGGGCUCGCCUCGGAGAUGUCACCUCUCUCUUGGGCUUUAUACUAUGGUCUGAAGGCUGUGCAAAUCCCCCACCCAAUAUAUCAUGAGCACCGGUGGGAUCCUCAAGAAUUGAACUCCCGUGCCAAUCCGGGUGAACCUGGCAAAGUCAACGCUGGUAUGGACAGUAUCUGGAGCUGGAACAAGCAUAACGAUAUCAUUUACAACACGACUUUCAUGUUCAACUCGAAGUUCUCGGAGAAGUUGUAUAGAGCCUGGAUGGGCUUUGACGGCGCCGAAGAGUGGGAAAAUCACAAUAAUCGACUCUGUCUCCCCCCUAUCUUUUUACAUCCUGUAAAGAACCUGCAGGCGACGGGCAAAAUACAAUAG